AUGCUAAUCAAUGCUUCAGAAGAUACUCUCCCUUGCGAUGAUUUCCUGCAGUUCACGAGUCUGUUAAGUUCAUGGCGAAAGAAUGACGAUCGCGUGCGGCAUGAAUUGAAUAAUUUGUUACCCACAGCGUCAUUCCAGAGCAAGGUAGACCACGAAGAGAAAUGUCGUAGUUUUUUAACGCAGAUGUUAUCCGAACAUGAGCGGCGAAAUUGUGCGAUAAAACGGUGCUUAGCACAUUCUACUGCACGCCUGGUUGAUCUGCGGGAAGACCAGGCAAAUAUUGACAGCCCAACAAAGCAGGAAUUGUCCCGGCAACUACCACCGCCAGUUCCAGGCCGAGUUGCUUGA